AUGGAUGGGGGGGUAAAGGGAGACGAUUUGUGUGGUGUGGAGUGGGAGUUCUGCAUCAGCUUUUCUCGCUGCAGCAGCAGGCUUUCGCUGCAGCAGCAGGGCUUCCUAGCAGCAGCAGCAGCAGCAGCAGCAGCAGCGGCGGCAGCAGUUUCUGUCCGCAGCAGCAGAGCCUCUCCGCAGCAGCCCCAGCACCAACAGCAGCAGCCCCAGCACCAACAGCAGCAGCACCACCAACAGCGCCAACAGCAGCAGCAGCAGCAGCAGCAGCAGCAGCAGCAGCAGCAGCAGCAGCAGCAGCAGCAGCAGCAGCAGCAGCGGACCGCGAGCAGCAGGCGGCUGGCGAGGUCUUCGUCGCAAACAGCAGCACAAAGGGUCCAGGCGAGUUCGUCGGACUUCACUUUUGCUCUUUGCCGAUACUCCAAAAUGAAUUCCCCCAAACUCAUUUCGCUCACUGUGGUUUUCCCCGCGCCUUCGCCCCCCCUAAGCAGCAGCAGCAGCAGCAGCAGCAGCAGCAGCAGCAG